AGACGGUACAUGUAUAUUUUUGGCAGACGUCCGACGUUGUUCGUCGAUGGGCGUUCGCGAGUGGGGAUCUCGUCGACGGAUACCAUGGGACUCUACCGACAUAACCGUGAGAAUUAAGUCGGAUCCGUAAUACCGUAAUCCGCGUAUUCCGUGUAAUAUCGAUAAUAGGAUCUUGAUACAAAAGAGUAAGCUGUGAUAUGGAUACAUGCGAGUGUUAGUACAGUCCCAUUUAAGAAUUACAUAAUGUAUAUGCAUGAGUCACGAUUUGUCACAAGUGUGAUGAAACGGGGGCCGCGACAAUGAGGAAAGGGAAGAACGUGCAAACGUCAAAGUCGUACUACAGCGUGGAGUCCCUCGUUGCUUUCCGCCGUUACGAUAAAUAAACAGCUACUUUGUAUCAUACAAUCGCACUCGGAAUUGGGGGAAAUCUCUGUACAUCAAGCACAUUUAUAUCUCGUUACAAACGCGAUUAGUUAUUAUCCCUUCCGAUGUCGAUCGUACGAUGCGCUGCCAUUAGAAAUCUCGCAAAGGCUCUUGCAGGAAAUUCCAAGAAGCUCUCUACGAUGAACAAAGGACAUUCUCUUUGAACGUUACUGAUACAUGGUGUGGUGUGGUGAUCAUCGUGCAUGAGCAAUGAUACAAUUAAAUCUUCUCGUGUCUAUGGAUGACAUUUCGUAGCUACUGGAGCAUUUAUAUCCUUUUUAGCCAAAGAUUACUUAUUUAUUAGAAGCUUUUUCGACACUGUAAAAUGCCAGCACCACCGCCACCUCUUUCAAACCUAUCGGAAGCACCCAUGUGUGAAAAAACAGAAGUCACUGAUACUGAUUCUCUGCCCCCUUGGGCUAAAAUCACCCUUACGUCCACUGAAGCCGAAAUUGAAAAAUUAAUCUCUCGAAACGAGUUGAAAGACGCAGAAGUGACUUACUUCUGUCAAGUGGAACCGAUUCUUCAAGAUGGACCACAAUGUGGUUUAGUAGCACUUGCAAUGGCAUCACAGGAAUAUACAAAACCGGUCUCUGUGAGCCAGCUUCUUGCCGAAGCUCGCGUUCGAGGAUUUACGCAACACGGAGAGGUGUACAGCGUUGACUUCAUGGGGACGCUAGCUGCCGAAUAUCUACCUGAUCACAGGCCAGACAUUCUGAUAGAUCUACAACAGUGCCCGGAUACGUUGACUCAUGCUUUGGCCCAUGGAGCAAUGGUGCUGAUACCAUAUGAUUCUGAUUUCAAUCACGCUCCGUGUUUAAAAAGAGGUCAUAAAGCACACUGGGCUCUGCUUGUGGGCCUAAUCUCUUCUAGGCAAGGAUAUCACGUUCUGGCACGUCAUGGCAAAUCGCGUCAUUUGGCUUGUUGGCCGUUACGCGAUUUGAUUGAAAGUAACGGCAACUUGGAGGAAGAAGGUACAGCGAGACACGCAGGGGGAUACGUCAUACCAAAGGGUGGUGUCGGAGGCCAAAAAGGAUUACGUGGAAGAGCAUUGGCAUUACAUCCGUACAUAUAAAGUCGCGUCAAAGAGAAAAUUGUAGGUAAUUGAUAUCACGCUAAAAAGAGGAAAUUUACCGAAAAAAACGUUAGCUCUGUAUCUGCAUUAUGAUACGUGGCAUACAUCCGGAACAAAACAUUUGCACAUACACGCAGCUUCCACGAGAAUCAACUAAUAGUUAUGUGUAAUAUGUAGCGCUUUAAUUAAUAAGUAUAUUUGAAUUUGUACGAGAUAUUUCACGCAACGUAAAAGUCAUUAUAUAUCUACCAAAACAUUUUUGGCAAAUCGGAAAUGCGACUUGAAAUGGCAUUAUUUUUACCUUACUCGAAUUAUAUAGUCUAAAUAAAGAAUUCCGGCAGGCCAAAAUACUUGUGCACGCAAUCAAAUACAGAUGAUUGUCUUGUUAGUGUUACGUCUUUAUCAAAUUGAGACACAAAGGUGUAGGCAUGCAUGAUAAAGCGGAAACACGUAAAGCUAUCUCAAUAAGCAAACAUAUACGUAUGUAUACUAAUAAGUCGUUAUCCAAAGUCAUCAUUUAAAUGAGAAGAUGUAAGUAUAUUUCUUUAGAUAGAGUAUAUGUAGAUUUUCGAUGAUAAUUGUCGUUUUAUGUUGGUGCAAUAAAUAAAGAGUAAAUCUAUUCUAACGAUUUCGCAAGUACAUUUUAGGCGAUAAUAAAUUAACACUGGCACGCUGUAUCGGCUUUGAUUGAUACACGUAGCUUUUAAGGAUAUGUCAUAUACAGCGUGUUUUGUUUAAGCGUUAACGUAUAAUUGUGUCUUUAAAGAUGUGUGUCCAGUUACAAAGAGAAAUAUGUUUAAACAAAAAUUAUUUUAUUUUCAAGUGCCUAUAUAUAAUGAUCUAUAUUUAGAAUCAUUCAAUUUUCUAUAUAUAUGUAUACAUUGUAAAAUUAUUGGGAGGAAUCGCA